ACAGGCAACUUCAAUAUUUAUUAAAUGAGUUAACACAGUUAAAAUGACUUGUGACAAAUGUAAAGGAGACGGAGAAUCCAUAUUAAUAUGCGUGGAAUCGGCUUUGGAAAUACUACGGACCCACUUUCAGAUGCAGCUAAGCUUGUCCUUGGAGCAAACUACUUUAAUCAGAUCGCUUAAGCAACGCAAUGAUAAGCUCAAUGACGCAAUUACGCUGUUACAGCAGCGUUCGACUGAAGUUCAUUUGGACAAGCGAAGAAAAUUGGGUGGCUCCCCGAAGAAAUUGGAUAGCCCAAAACUGAGCGAAUCUAUUUCGCCACUGGGACAAACACAAGACUCUUUAAACAUGAACAUUGCGCUUACGACGCAAAACGAUGAGGACGACGAGGAUGAGAUCAUAGGAGAGUCGGAACGACUGCCAACUGGCAGUCCUUGCCGCAAGCUUCAUUCCGUGCGUCGCAAACUGCUUAAGCGCGAAAGUGAAAAUAUGCAACCAUCGGACGCAAACUUGACCACAAGCUGGCUGGGCAAAACUCCAAAAGCUCAGAGGCCAUUAUUAUUCACAAAAACAGCUAAAAACAGUCAGCCGCAGGCAACCAAGUUAAAGCAAAUGCGUUUGGAAUUCAACCGAAGCAGGUGCGAUAAAGAACAGGACGUUGUAGAGGCCAGUCCCAGUUGGUACGCUAAAUCUCUAAAGCAAGCGAAGGAGUCGCGUUCAUUUCUACAUAGGACCAACAAGAAUGUCAGCACGUCAACAUCAGAAGACCGCAAAAAGCCAAUAAGCAGUGAGCCAACUUUUGACAGUGAUGACGAGCUCUUCUUCGAUUUUAACUCACCCGAAAAGCAAGGAGUGUCAGAGGCGCCACUUCCGGCAAACGAUACGCUACAAAUUCCUUCGUCAAAUACCUCCAGCGUAGUCCUUUUGACGCCUGCUACGCAAGAUAUAAUAUUCGUAGAUGACAGCUCAGAUGACGGUAGACAGUUGAACACCUUAGACAUGAUUGAUUCAGUGACGCAGUUGAAAGUGCACGAAGCUAAACGGAUCGAUAUGCAGAAACAACAAUGUCAGAAAAGGAAUGUUAGUGUCAAUAGAAUUGAAGAGCAAGUAACCCCACCUCGCAUUAAGGAGGAGCCACAAACGUGUAAUGACAUGGGCAAUGAGACUACAAAAUUGCCUGAAGAUAUUGAGAAUCUAUUAGAUGGGGAGGAAGAAGAUACGCUGGAAGAAUUUCCCCGACCCAUAGCUAUCAAGCGCGAGUUGACCUUAAAAGAACGCUACAAUAUAGACUGUGCACAGUGCGAAAAGUUUCUGAACAUAAUGUGCGCAAAACUAACAGAGCAGGAAAUAAAGAAUCAUUUGAAAAACUGCACGCACCGCAUUGAGCGAGCAAUGAGACCGGAAUCACCAGAAGGAUUUUGGAAUCCCCUUAUGGUAUCCUUUUCUGCCAACGAUCCACGCAAUGAAGUGAUAAUAGACAAUCGAUUUGCUGGUAAAAGACGACAGCAGUGAUUUAAUCGUAAGAGGCCUUUUGUAAUUACAUUGCAUUUAUUAUACAUUAAGUAUUAAAAUUUAUAAAUUUCCACGCUUUGCCUGCUCAAUUUCUAUGGCUGUGAAGAGCGACUUGAAGUUGCCGGCGCC